UUUAAAAUAUUAAUACUGUUAGAUACAGUAUUGAGCUUGGAAAGAACACCGCUUAUGCCAUAUUUGCCUGCUGGGAAGUACAAAUUAAAAUUCAAAGCAUUUUCUAUUUGUAAUGAAACCAUUGAUUAUCCAAUGAUAUUCAAAUACUAUUUGUCAAAAGUUUCUACGUCAAAAGUCCAAUUAAUGGGAAACAUCACAUUGAAGAUUCCAUUUGAUGACAAAUUAAUUUUUGAUAUGAACACAGCUGUAUGGUCGAAAAUUGGAGGCUGGAAGGAUAAUGCAAAUGUAUACCAAAAUAAAGGAGCGUGUUCAUCACUAAAAUUUUUUAUGGGAAAAGUGUGGAACGAAUACAUUCAGAAGCAUCAUUUUACAGAUUGUCCAAUUCAACCGGGUUUUUAUAAAAGCAGUGGUUUUGACUUAUCACUUUUGGAUCAAGCCAAUCUUCCAAAGGAAUUUUUCUACGGCACUUACAAGCAAAAAAUAUUUUUCUCAAACGAAAAGAAUGAUCAACUUGGUUGUUUUUUUGUCAUAUUCGAUUUAUUACGUCCUUGGGAGUAAA